UACUCCCGGCAUGCUCACUGGAAGUCCAAUUAUUGCUAAUGGCGGGUAUUGUAUGAAAUAUAGGUAUUUUGAGCUAAUGCUUACGAACCAGUUGUGUUACUCCGUUACAGUAGGUUUCUAUUUAAUGUCCAGUUUGCAUAGUUGUGUUUAAAUUAGUUGCUGGUUUUAAAUAAGAACGUUAGAGGACUUUGUUAGUUGUUACCACCAACAUGCGGCGACAUUGAUUGUAUGAAGUAAAUGUGAAACUGCAACGGGACGGAACUGUAGCGUUAGCCUCAUUGGCGGCUAUGUUAGGUAGCAGUGAAGAUAACCUUUUAGAUAAAAGUGCAACAUCACAGCAGUAAUACUCAACUCCAUGAGCUGGAAAGAAUAUAGCCAAAACCCAACAAGUAGUAGAUUCAUAAAAAUCUCUGAGCAUUGCCCCUGAUAAAUCCUUGAGACCCGCAAAUCGGAAAUGAACCUGUUUAAACUUCCAUUUUUGUUAACGGCAGUAUUAGCCGUGGUCGUUGUGGACGGUACUUCUAAGCUAAGUAUCCCAAAAGUUUUACUCCCGCUCGCUAGAGGUACAUUAAUCAACUUCACGUUGGAAACCACUGACGGCUGUUACAGAUGGUCUUCCACCAGACCAGAAGUGGCAAGCAUCCAGGCUGCUGACGAGGACCUCAGCAGAGGGUGCUCCCGCAGAGCCGUUGUCCAAGCACUCUCCACUCAACCCUCCAGACUCACCAGCAUCAUUCUGGCCGAAGAUGUUGUCACAGGUCAGGUCCUGCGCUGUGACGCUAUUGUCGAUGUCAUUAGUGAAAUCCAGAUUGUGUCCACAACCAGAGAGCUACAUCUGGAAGAUUCACCACUGGAACUCAAAAUUCAUGCACUGGAUUCUGAAGGAAACACAUUUAGCACGCUCGCAGGGCUUGUGUUUGACUGGUCCUUCGUGAAGGAUAUAGAUGUGAAUGGAUUCCCUGACUCUUACAACUCAUUACGGGUACUUAAGUUCUCUGAGUCCACAUACACUCCUCCUGCAUACAUAUCUGAAAUGGAACGCGUUGGGAAACAAGGUGAUAUAAUUCUGGUGUCAGGACUGAAAACGGGACAUGCCAAGCUGAAAGCUAAAAUACAGGAAUCCCUGUAUAAGGAUGUGGGUGCUGCAGAAGUGAGACUGCUGAUCUUGGAGAACAUCCUGCUUAGCCCUGCGCAUGACAUCUACUUGCUGGCAGGAACUUCCAUCCAUUACAGAGUUCUGAAGAUAAGACAGGGCACAAUCACAGAGCUCUCCAUGCCGUGUGAUCAGUAUGAGCUGCACCUUCAGAACAGCGUGGCGGUGCCUGCUGGAAGUCAGGAUGCUCCUGUGGCCAGUCUGGAUCAAAGCACAUCCACAGUGACAGGACUUCAGUUGGGACACAUUAAUGUGGUGUUGGAUCACAAGAGCCUUCGAAUGCAGGGAGUGUCUCGCCUCCCUAACAGCACUCUAUAUGUUGUUGAACCAGGCUACCUAGGCUUUAAAAUUCAUCCAGGAGAUAGUUGGGUUCUUGAAACAGGCAGAAAAUAUGAUAUUUUCAUUGAAGUGUUUGAUAAAUCUGGCAACAAAAUCUAUCUCUCUGAUAAUAUCCGCAUCAGAACUGUUUUUGCUGAGGAGUAUUUUGAAGUCCUGCAUUCCAGUAAAAAUGGAUCUUAUCAUUACGUCAAAGCCCUCAAAGAUGGCCUAACUCUUAUUGAUGCCACGCUAAGAGCUGUGGAGGAUGACAGAGGACGGGUCCACGAUCUCACCAACCCCGUUCACAAUGAACAAGAUGUGGAAAUAUAUAACCCUAUAGUUCUAAGACCGAGUAUUCUCACUUUUCCUUGGCAGCCCAAAGUGGGAGCUUAUCAGUACACAAUAAUGGCGACGGGUGGGAGUGGAAAUUUCAGCUGGACCUCAUCCAAUACCGCUGUCGCCACAAUGACUGUGAAAGGAGUGAUGACUACAGCCAGCGACAAAGGUGUCAGUGUGGUUUAUGCUCACGAUCUCCGGAACCCACUGCACUUCGGACAAAUGAAGGUGUACGUUGUUGAGCCUGUUGCCAUGGACUUUGCUCCUUGCGCAGUAGAGGCCAGAUUGGGCCAAGUUCUGGAUCUGCCCCUCAGGAUUUUUGGACUGCUGGAGGAGUUUGAGAACGAGCGAGUGAUGCUGAGUGACUGCUCCCACUUUGAACUGCUGGUUGCAGAGGAGACACGAGACGUCUUUGAACUCCUGGAUGGGAGGCUGGCUCCAGGCCAGGAUCACUGCAGUGGAGUCAGAGCCAAGGCCUUAAGUCCUGGGUACACUGUACUUACCGUCAGCUACACUCAUGGCAACAUUCAUCUCAGUGCCAAGAUCACCAUAGCUGCAUAUCUUCCUCUCAUAGCGGUUGAUCCCGUUUCUGUGGCAGUGGUCACGUUGGGAUCAUCUAAGGACAUGUUGUUCGAGGAUGGACCUCAGCCUUGGGUUUUAGAGCCUUCAAAGUUCUUCUGCAACUUAAGAGCUGAGGAUGAAACCAGUCUGAGUCUUACUCUCAUCAGUCCCUCGUCCCACAGUUUUAAUCACCACUUGGUUAGAGCAACCUGCAUGGCCCUGGGAGAGCAGGUGCUGGAGGUGACUGUUGGAAAUAAGGCCAGUGUGACUAAUCCUUAUCCUGCUGUUGAGCACGCAGUAGUUAAGUUUGUUUGCGCCCCUCCAUCACGCCUCACGCUGCUGCCAAUUUAUAGCAGCCCACAGCUGGACCUGACCUGCCCACUCCUGCAGCAGAAUAAGCAAGUGGUGCCAGUUUCAAAUUAUCGUAACCCUAUUCUGAACUUGGCUGCAUUUGAUCAUCAAGGCAGAAAGUUUGACAACUUCAGCUCACUGAGUCUUCUGUGGGAAUCUACAAAGACCUCAUUGGCCAGCAUUGAACCCACAAUGCCCAUGGAGUUUCACCUGCUGGAGGAAGGCCAAAAGCAGAUGAAGCUUCACGGACGCCAGACAGUUCUUGUACAUCAGCAAACAGGCCAUGCUGCCAUUACUGUGACAGCGCUUGCAUACCAGGUUUCACAUCUGACUGCAGCAAAGGUUCCUAGUCCAUAUGAGCCCUUGAUGCCUGUCUCAGCCAUGCUGGAGCUCCUGCUGGUGGAAGAUGUAAAGGUUUCUCCUGACUUAGUGACGAUAUACAACCAUCCAAACGUGCAUGCCAAUCUGGCCCUGCAGGAAGGUUCGGGGCACUUUUAUCUCAAUACCAGUGCCAGAGGGAUUGCAAAUGUCAAAUUCCAGAAGGCUCAAGGCGCAACUCAGGUUUCUCCGGUUCAUCCUGGCACUGUAAAUGUCAUGGUGCAUGACUUGUGCUUAGCUUUUCCAGUACCUGCCAAAGCCACGGUUCAUGUUUCUGAUAUCUUGGAGGUUUAUGUGAGAGUGGUAGACAAGGUGGAGAUUGGCACAUCUGUGAGAGCUUAUGUCAGAGUUUUGGAUGAUAAGAAAAAGCCCUUCUCAGCGAGCUAUUUCCAGUUUAUGAAUCUCAAACUCAAUGCUGCUUCUGAAAUAGUCUCUCUCAAGCCGUUACCAGAGUCCACAGAAAAUGACACAGCAGUUUUUUGGGUGAGAGGAGUCUCCAUUGGUCAGACCUCUCUGUCAGCUGUUGUCAUGGACAAAAAUGGUAGAAAAAUUGCCUCUGCACCACAGCAAAUUGAGGUAUUUCCACCCUUUAAACUCAUCCCAAGGAAAAUUACUCUGCUAAUUGGUGCAAUGAUGCAGAUAACAUCUGAGGGUGGCCCUCAACCUCAGUCCAAUAUCCUUUUCUCAAUCUCUAAUGAAGACAUGGCCACUGUUAAUGCUCUGGGCCAUGUCAGGGGCGUUACUGUCGGUAACGUAACAGUCACAGGAAUGGUCCAGGUGGUCGAUGCAGAGACUGGGAAGCUGGUCAUCAUAUCUCAGGAUCAAGUGGACGUAGAGGUGGUGGUUUUGACUGGCAUUCGCAUCAGAGCACCUAUUACCAGAAUGAAAACAGGAACACAGAUGCCCGUAUAUGUGAUGGGGAUGACCAAUAAUCAGAGCCCGCUUUCUUUCGGUAGUGUUUUACCUGGUUUAACCUUCCACUGGUCCACCACAAAGAGAGACGUUCUGGAUAUUCAGUCUCGACAAAUUGAGGCUAACAUUGACCUCCAGUCAGAACACAACUUUGGCAUGACUGUGGUGGGAAGAACUCGAGGGCGGACUGGCCUUAAGGUGGUUCUGCGAGUUACUGACCCAACAGCAAAGCAGCUGGAGAGGAACCUGCUAGAGCUCAGAGAUGAGAUCCAGAUCCAGGUCUAUGACAAGCUGCAGAUGCUUAAUCCCCAAGUAGAAGCCGAGGAGAUAUUGAUGGCUCCAAACUCGGCUAUUAAACUUCAAACUAACAGAGACGGCAUGGGCGCCCUUUCCUAUCAAAUGCUGAAUUGCCCUGAUCAGAUGGUUGUUGCUCAGGUUGAUCAUAAGGGCUUCCUCUCCUCUGGUUCUCUGACCGGCGUCUCAUCACUGCUGGUUACUUCUCAAGAAACAUUUGGUGUCAAUCAGACUCUCAUCCUCUCUGUGAAGGUGGUUCCCGUGUCCUAUUUCCGCUUUAGCACCAGUCCGGUGCUCUACACUCUCAACAGAGAUCACCUGACUGCCUUUCCUCUGGGAGUGCUGCUUACCUUUACUGUUCAUUUUCACGCUCACACUGGAGAAGCUCUUCACAGCUCCAACUCUCACCUCACGUUUUCUACAAACCGGGAUGACCUCGUACAGGUUGGGAUUGGACCCAACAACCACACGAUAACGGUGAAAACUGUGAAUGUCGGUCUCACUCUUCUGGCGGUGUGGGACAGUGAAAACACGGGGGUGGCGGACUACGUUCCGCUUCCCGUUGAUCAUGCCAUCCGCAUAGAUGACGCUCGCCAACUUGUGGUUGGAGAUGUGGUCUGCUUUGAUGUCCAGUUGGCGAGCUCCGAUGGUGGUCACGGUGUGUGGAGCUCUUCCGCAAAUGGCAUUCUCCAGGUGGACCCUAAAAGUGGUGCAGCUUUUGCCAGAGAGUCUGGGACGGUCACGGUGUAUUAUGAGAUACCUGGUGUUCUGCGAACAUACAGAGAGGUAUCUGUGGAAGCCCCCAGCAGGACAGCUGCCAUUGCUCAGACCACACCUGUCAGGAUUGGCAAAGAAACAAAGGUUCUACUGAUGACGACAGAAAAGGGAACCAACCUGAUAGGAACUUGCUCCUCCACCCAGAUUGAAGCGAUUUCACAGUUGCAGCCAGAAACAUCUGUAAGCUGCCAUCUCAGCUUUUCCAGUGACACAAUCGACUUCUCAGCUAAUGAUGUCUUCAAGACUCGCACCGACUUUGACUCCAGCAUUGGCCUCUACACAUGCUCCCUGACCAUGCAGCCUUUGACAGACCAACAGAGCCGUGUGCUCAGCAUCUCCAUGACCAAUUUGCUGGUAAAGGCAGGCCUGGUGGGUGCUGGGUUCCCUGUGGAUCAAAUCAGCGCCAGGCUGCCCUUAGAGCCAGGCCUGUACUUGGACCAGACGAAUCUGCUGCUCUCGAACCUGCACCCAUCAGCUGAGGUUACAGUUUUUGGCCCUGUGACUGCACUAUCCAAUCUACAGGUGUUUUCUACGUCUCCCAGCAUUGUUGUGCAGGAGAAGGAGGUCCACCAGGGGUUCCCUGGUUUUGCUAAGUACACUGUCAGUGCUGUGGAAACUCAGGCAGCUGGUUCAGCCACAGUCACCAUAAGCAGCUCUUCUUCUGGCCAGAGUCUCAUCCUGCCCGUUACUUUGAUGCAUAUGUCUGAUCCUGGCGCAGCCAAAAAAGCAGUUGCUCCUCAGGUUGGUCGUACGGAGGAGGGGUCCUCCCUGCACAGCUUCAUCAACAGCUACCAGAUGAUGUUCUGCACCUUGUUCGCACUGCUUGCUGGGGCCGCCAUCGUCAUCAUUGUGCUCCACUCGUUUUUCUCUCCAAGAGAAGAAACGUAUCAUCCAGCUUUUAUCCAGAGAACGCCACAGAUGGUCAGAGACUCCCCGGUAGCGAACUCCUUUACCCCCAUCACCUCCAGAAGUGACCUGAGCAGCAGCCCCAGGUCACGCCUCUACUCCUCCCGCUACAAGUCUUAACGAAGCCCUCUGCCUCCAUCUUUGACUUCUUUAAAAUGAGAACCCAUCUGCCAAAACUUGCACAUGGACUGUGCCUUUUUUUUCCUUCAAUUACUGCUGCAGUAUGUGAGAGGAAGUCCCGGUUUGAAUGUUGGUACCGAUGCUUUCAAAGUUUCUUUUACGCCAGUCAAAAGGUGGUGCCAGUCGUUAAAGGGCUACAUUUAAUUUCUGUGUGUGUGUGUGUUGGUGCAAAUAUGUGUGAGUUGUACUAAAUAUAUUUUAAUUUUACGCAGCUAUUCAUAGGAAGUGUUUUGCCACAAAGACGUUUUUAUACCGUCACUGAUUGACAUAUGUUGAAGUGUCAAAACAAAAUUGCUUGUGCGUUUAAAAAAAAUAGCAUUUUGUUUUUUGAUUGUUGUUGCUUUGUCAUUUUCGACAUGUGGAACUCAGGAAAAUCAACAAUUCAGUUUGUUAGGAAGCAGGAAAAUAUUAUAUUUAUUUUCAUGACAAAAAAAAGAUUUUUGUUGUAGCAUUUGUACAUUUUGAAAAUCUGUUCACUGAAUCCGUCCUGGUAAAUCGUGAAAAGUUGAAACUGAGUAAAAUGUUUCUCCUCUGGGCAUUUCUACCCUUAUAGUGACAAAAACCUUGAUUUUUGAGCCCCAAACAGUGCAGCUCCUGUAAGAAUAAUUAUUGUGACAUGGCUAAAGAAUGUGAACCGUCACUUUGGUUUGUGGUUUCUACAAUGAAAAAGCUCUCAAAUGUACCCUGCUCUUAUUUCUCAGAAUGUGAAGUUUUCUUCCUGUGGUUUCCAAAAAGAAGAAAAGACUGGGAUAUCAAAGUGUGAUUCUUUUAAUAUGUGAAGAUAAUGAUCAUAUUCAUAUUUUUGUUGCCGUUUCAUCAAAGCAGCUUUCAGCACAUAAAUACUGUUGCCUGAGUGAAUUUGUUUGCCUUUGUUAAAUAAAGUUUUUACUUAUGUUUAA